UUACUCUGGGCUGAAACCCCCUCAGUGGCAGAGCCUGUCAGUCUGACCGCAGGUUUUAAUAAAUCCUCCUCCCGUCCUUGACUUCAAGAUAAGCUAAUAUGGCGGCUGCAGCGGUCAGAAGUAUCGGGUCCACUUUGGGUAGAAAUCUCCGGGAGAUCCGACUCCAUCUCUGCCAGAACUCCGGGGCCAGUCAGGGGGCCAGGGACUUUGUGGAGCAGCAUUAUGUUUCCCUGAAGACAUCCAACCCGGACUUCCCGAUCCGGAUCAGAGAAUGUUCUGGAGUCCAGGCCCGCCUCUGGGCCCGCUACGACUUCGGUAAGGAGAGCAGCGUGUCGUUGGACAACAUGUCAGCUGAUCAGGUGGCCUCCGCCCUGCACACUUUGGCUCAAUCCAAACCCUGACCCCGCCCCCUCCUGCUGCAGGUGGUGCAGUCCUUAUCCUUCACUUUGUAAAUGUGUUGAUAUGAAUAAAACUAAAUGUUGUAAAAGUC